AUGGAGUUGUUUGACGUGGUGGUUCUCUGUCUAGCAGCACUCUUCCUCCAUUCAUGGUGGCGAUACUGGUCACUCACUGGUGGCGGAAGAAAGAACCUCCCACCGGGGCCACCAGGUUGGCCUCUUGUGGGAAACUUAUUUCAAGUAAUCCUCCAACGAAGGCCCUUCAUUUAUGUGGUUCGAGAUUUACGUAUCAAGUAUGGCCCUAUCUUCACCAUGCAAAUGGGACAACGAACCCUAAUCAUCAUUACCAGCUCUGAGCUCAUUCACGAAGCCCUAGUACAGAGAGGCCAUAUCUUCGCCAGCCGGCCACCGGACUCGCCGAUCCGACUCUUGUUCAGCGUCGGAAAAUGCGCCAUCAACUCGGCGGAGUACGGCCCUCUGUGGCGGACCUUACGGCGGAACUUUGUCACCGAACUGAUAAACCCUACAAGAAUCAAACAGUGUAGUUGGAUUAGAAAAUGGGCUAUGGAGAAUCACAUGAAGAGGCUUGAAAAUGAGUUUCUUCAGAAGGGUUUUGUGGAGGUUAUGAAGAACUGUAGGCUCACUAUAUGUAGCAUUCUCAUUUGUCUUUGCUUUGGUGCAAAAAUCUCCGAAGAUCGGAUUAAGAUUAUCGAAAGUAUUCUGAAAGAUGUGAUGAUGAUGACGACGCCGAAGCUGCCGGACUUCAUGCCGGUUCUUAUGCCGUUGUUUCGCUGGCAACUGACAGAAGCAAAGGAGCUGAGAAGAAAACAAAUGGAGUGUUUGGUUCCUUUGUUAAGGGACAGAAAAGCCUUCGUGGAGAGUGGUGGAAACCCCAGCAGCAGCAGUUCAGAGAUGGUGAGCCCCAUCGGUGCAGCCUAUAUUGACUCACUGUUCCAACUUGAACCGGCCGGCCGUGGCCGGUUCGGUGAAGAGGAGCUCGUGACACUGUGCUCGGAAGUGAUCAACGCCGGAACUGAUACAAGUGCUACGGCGACUGAAUGGGCUCUGCUUCAUUUAGUCAUGAACCAAGAGAUGCAAGAGAAGUUGUACAAAGAAAUCGUCCACUGUGUCGGAAAAGAUGGCGUUAUCACCGACGGCGACGUGGAGAAAAUGCCAUAUCUCGGCGCAGUGGUGAAGGAAACCUUCCGGCGACACCCGCCGAGCCAUUUCGUGUUAUCACAUGCAGCAACAGAAGAGACUGAGCUCGGAGGAUACACAAUUCCGGCGAACGUCAACGUGGAGUUCUACACUGCAUGGGUGACGGAGGAUCCGACCAUAUGGAAGGAUCCCGGCGAGUUUCGGCCUGAGAGGUUCUUGGACGGCGGCGAUGGGGUCGACGUUGACAUCACCGGGAUGAGGGGUGUGAAGAUGAUGCCUUUUGGCGCCGGCCGGCGUAUUUGUCCGGCGUGGACUCUGGGUACGUUGCAUAUUAACUUGUUGCUGGCUAAGAUGGUGCGUGCAUUCAAAUGGGUUCCGGUUCCGGGUGCCCCGCCCGACCCAACUGAGACCUUUGCGUUCACUGUUGUAAUGAAGAAUCCUCUAAAUGCUGUUAUUUUGCCCAGGAAUUAG